AUGUCCAAGCAGCCAGUUAUCAGCAGGUUUUUCAAACCCAUAGCUCGAAAAGAAGUGACUAGUGAGAAAGGAGUUGAAAAGGAGAAACCCGUGGAUUUGGAUGAAGAGAAACAUAACGAGCCGGCGACUACAUCAAGAUUGAUGCCCAAGGGUUUUGAUGCUGCUGCCGAAACGGUUACAGAUGAAGUAAUUGAAAUUGAAGUUGAAAUUGAACAUGAAAGUGAACCAAAAAUUGAAAUUAAAAAUGGAACUGUUACCGCUGAGAACAAGUCAAUGGAUUUUGCAGAAAAAUUGAAUAGAAUUUGGAAUGAUAAAAAGAGAGUAAUUUCAAAUAAUGACAAUGAUGAUUCCGAUGGAGAAAAUGACACUAUUGUUAAAAAAUCAAAAAACAACAGUAAUAAGUUGACACCACUGGAUCAACAAGUCAAAGAUUUAAAGUUGCUGCAUAUGGAUAAAAUAUUAGUGAUAAGAGUUGGUUAUAAAUAUAAAUGUUUUGCUCAAGACGCCGAAAUAGUUAGCAAAAUUUUACAUAUUAUGCUAAUUCCUGGGAAGCUUACAAUAGAUGAAUCGAAUCCACAGGAUUCAAAUUACAGGCAGUUCGCAUAUUGCUCAUUCCCUGAUAUUAGGCUGAAGGUUCAUCUAGAAACUUUGGUUCAUAAUAAUUUGAAAGUUGCUGUAGUUGAACAAUCCGAAACCAGUGCUAUUAAAAAGAAUUCUAACGCAUCUUCAAAAAAUUCAGUAUUCGAGAGAAAAAUUUCUGGGGUAUACACCAAGGCAACAUUUGGAAUUAACUCAGCAUUCAGUUCUAAUAGAAAAAACGUAUUAGGUCAAUAUAAUAGCAUAUGGAUCAUUAAUUUUUCUGAGAUAGAUAAAAUUAAUAGUUCAUUUUUCAUGAUAUCAGUUAAUCUAAAUAGUGGUGAGAUAAUAUAUGAUACUUUUGAAUGUUCUACUACUUCAAUAGAAAAUUUAGAGACAAGAAUCAAAUAUUUAAACCCUAUAGAAGUAUUAACUGUAUCUGCAUUACCAGAGAAAGUUAAGUUAAGAUUACAUGGUUCAAAUUCUACCAUAUUAUUAAAGGAGAAGGAAGAUAUCGACAAGGAAAUAAUGGAAGAAAUAAAUAAAUCUACAAAGGGAUUGAAUUUGUCAGCUGAACUUUUUGAAUUAGUACCCGUUUUAUAUAAGUAUUUAACCGAAUACAACAACGAAGAGCUAUUACUUAUAUCAGAAAAUUACAAACCAUUCGCUUCCAAGAAGCAUAUGGUUUUAAAUGCCGCUGCUAUUGAAAGCCUAGGUAUAUUUGGGGAAGAAGGAGGAAAAGGAUCAUUAUUUUGGUUAUUAGAUCAUACCAGAACUUCUUUUGGAUCAAGAAAGCUUAGAGAAUGGAUUUUACACCCAUUGCUGGAUAAAAAAGAAAUCGAAGAUAGAUUAGAUGCAGUAGAUUGUAUUAUUCAUGAAGUGAGCAAUAUAUUUUUCGAAUCAUUGAAUAAGAUGCUAACAAAUGUUCCUGAUCUACUUCGUACGAUCAAUAGAAUUGCCUAUGGCACUACGUCGAGAAAAGAAAUAUACUAUUUUUUAAAACAAAUGAAAUCUUUUAGUGAUCAUUUCCAGCUUCACAGUAAUUAUUUAAAUUCUCAAGUUGUGUCCAAUGAUGGAAGAAUUCAUAAAUCAUCUGCACUUCUGACAAACCUGUUAACAGAGAUUACUUCUGGACUAAAGGAAAUUAACAUUGAGAAUAUAUUAUCAAUGAUAAAUGUGUCUUCCGUAAUGGAAAAGGAUACAUAUAAACAGGUAUCAGAAUUUUUUAAUUUAAAUUAUUACGAUCAUGCAGAAGAAAUAAUCAAAAUUCAAGGAAAUAUUAAUGAAGUUAAAAACGAAUUAGCUGAAGAAUUAUCAUCGAUCAGAAAAAUUCUUAAGAGACCACAUUUGAAUUACAAAGAUGAAAUGGAUUAUUUAAUCGAAGUUAGAAAUACUCAAACUAAGGGUUUGCCUAGCGAUUGGAUUGUUGUAAAUAGAACAAAAAUGAUCAGUAGAUAUCAUACACCGACUUCACGAAAAUUAAUUGAAAAAUUACAAUAUCAAAAAGAUAUCCUAUAUCAAGAAACUCAAAAAGAGUAUUUCCAGUUUGUUAAAAGGAUUAAAAAUGAUUACUUUGCACUUAAUAAAAUAAUAAAUCAUAUUGCAACUUAUGAUUGCAUUUUAGCAUUAGCUUCAACCUCACAGAAUAUGAACUACGUUAGACCGGUGCUUACUGACGAAUCACAAUUUAUUGAUGCCAAAAAUGCAAGAAAUCCAAUUAUUGAAUCGCUAGAUAUAAAUUAUGUCCCAAAUGAUGUCAAUCUAUCACAUUCUGCAGGGAAAUUCCUGAUUAUUACAGGUCCUAACAUGGGUGGGAAAUCAUCCUAUAUUAGACAAGUUGCAUUGCUUGUAAUUCUUGCCCAGGUAGGCUCAUAUGUACCUGCUGAUUUUAUGAAGACAAGUAUUUUUGACAAAAUAUUAACUAGAAUUGGCGCUUACGAUAACUUACUAAAAGGACAAUCUACUUUUAAAGUUGAACUUUUAGAGAUUCAAAAUAUCAUAAAAAACAAAACUGAAAAUUCCCUAUUACUACUAGAUGAAGUUGGAAGAGGAACAUCAACAGAGGAUGGUAAAGCCAUUUCAUAUUCUAUAGUAGACUAUUUUAUUAACUUACCAGUUUGUCCUUUAGUACUAUUCACAACGCAUUAUCCAUUUCUUGGUUCUAUAAAUUCCAAAAUAUUAAAAAGUUACUAUAUGGACUUUGUAGAACAGAAAAAAGAAGGCGAAGACUGGCCAAGUAUUGUAUUCCUGUAUAAAUUAAGAAGUGGGAUAACCGAUAGUUCAUUUGGUUUGAAUGUUGCUCGCUUAGCUCAAAUUGAUAAGGACAUAAUUAACCAUGCAUUCUCGAUAUCAGAGAAAAUCCGUCAAGAAACAGAAACAGCCAAUACCAUGAAUUUACCAAUACUUCUGAAGCAUAUCUUAAGUUCAAACGAUUUGAAACCACAGCAAAAAAUCAUUGAAAUCUUAAACCUUCAAAAUGAUAGUCAAGAGUUGUAA